AUGUGCGGGCGCACGGCCUGUUCGCUCGGCGCCGACAACCUCCGCCGCGCCUGCGCCUACCGCGACCGCGGCGGCCGCCGGCGCCAGCCCGACUGGAUCCAGGCCGAGCGCUACCGGCCCUCCUACAACAAGGGCCCGCAGAGCAGCGGGCCGGUGCUGCUGUCCCGCCGCCACCUCCAGCAGGAUGCCGACUCCUCCGAGCGAGUCCUCAUGGACAUGCGCUGGGGCCUCAUCCCCUCCUGGUUCAAAAAGGAUGACCCCUCCAAAAUGCCGUUUAACACCUCCAACUGCCGCAGCGACACCAUGCUGAAGAAGUCUUCCUACAAGGGUGCUCUCCUCAAGGGCAAGCGCUGCGUGGUCCUGGCAGAUGGCUUCUACGAGUGGCAGCAGCACAGCGGGGGGAAGCAGCCCUAUUUCAUUUACUUCCCUCAGAGCAAGGACGCUGCGGCCGACGGGAAGGCGGGAGAUGAGGAAUGGAGAGGAUGGAGGUUACUGACCAUGGCUGGGAUUUUUGACUGCUGGGAGCCGCCGUCAGGAGGAGAAGUGCUGUACACUUACACUAUCAUCACCGUGGAUGCCUCCAAGGAUGUGAGCUUCAUCCAUCACAGGAUGCCAGCCAUCCUGGAUGGGGACGAGGCCAUCAGGAAGUGGCUGGACUUUGCUGAAGUGCCAACCCAAGAGGCGAUUAAACUUAUCCAGCCCACAGAGAACAUCGUUUUCCACCCAGUGUCCACCUUUGUCAACAGCGUCCGCAACAACGCGCCCGAGUGCCUCGCGCCCAUCGAGCUGGGAGCCAAGAAGGAGGUCAAAGCCACCCCAAGCAGCAAAAUGAUGCUGGGCUGGUUAAAAAACUCCCAGGAGAGCUCUCCCCAGAAGAAAGAAAAUGAUUUGCCCAAGUGGACAAGUCAGUUCAUCCACAACCCUUCACCCAAGAAAACCAGCGCAGGUAUCCUGCAGCAGUGGCUGGGGAAGGAGGGAGAGCCAGCUGCAAAGAAGCACAAGGCUUAGGCACUAGCUGGGAUGGCUGGCCAUCCUUUUUCUUCCUGGUUUUCCUAAGCAGAUGAGGAAUGGUUUUUUUUGGAAGGCUUUGCAGGCUUGUGUUGAGAUUCUCAGGUGUUGAGCUGUUGUCAAAGUUUGUUAUCUCUGUUCUCUGUGUUUUCUUAAAGGUUGGUGUUUGUCUUUAAAUGUUUUGGCUUUGUCUGGUGCUGACAGGAGUGAAUAUAACCUGCUGGCCUCCCUCCCUGCCAGUCACUCGUGCCAAACAAAGAUAAAGCCCUGAGAAGCUUCUCAGCCUGCUAGGGAGGAGAAGCUCCUUCCUUCUGCCUGUGUUCAUAGUUUGUGUCUCCUUCUGUUUGCUUCUCUUUUCCCUCUUUCUUCUUUGUAUUAAACUGAUACCUCUUUUCCAUUUAAUUACCUAUUGAUUCUGUACAAAUUCUUUUCUAAUGCUCUCAUCCUCAAAGGAUGGCUGCAGUGCAGAGGGGCAUGAAACAACUACUAGGAAGAAAUCCCAGGCUGGUAAGAUCAGCCAGAGUGGCCCUGCUCUGCACCAGGGCGAUGUUGAGGCAGUGCCUGGCAGGAGCUGGGCUUUGCCUGGAUUUCCCUGCAGGCAGUGGAGUGGGACAGCAAGUCCUGGUCACGUUGUUUGUACAGUCAUUUUGUAAUGAGAUUUGAAAGACAGAGAGGAUUUUCUUGAUCUGUGGAGGGAUGUGCUCUGCCGUGUUCAUAAAGGUCAUUCAUUAAAGCCCAGAUAACCCAAAUGCCGUUACAGAACAGCACAGGGCAGUGGUUCUUGAGGCUGGACAGAGCCAGAUGUUCUAGAACAAAAGCUUUACAUGGUGGGACCCUUGCUGGAAAGCAAUACUUUUUUUUACUGGAAACAAUAAAAUGAGAUGAACUGGCUGACUGGUC